AACUCCUUCCGGAAUGUUAUGGACGAGGACUGAACAAGAAGAUGACCACGCAGCAAGUGUUUGACCAAGUGUUGCAAGCCAAGUUAGCAGCAGAGCAUGGUGUGGUACGACGAAUACCACAGCAAAGACAGUAUACGGUAAUUAAGGACUAUGUAAGAGCGCUCAAGGUACAAGAGAUGCGGCUCAAUGUGCAGGUGAAGGUAACAGAGGAGAUGCGAAAAGUGCUACUGUUUCGAGACUUCAUGCAUGGACUAUCCCCAGUAACCUGGAGUAAGGUGCAGAAACAACGAUGUCAAACACUAGAAGAUGCGGUGGAGUUUAUACAAGAUGCGGAAGCUGUCGCAUUAGUGGCGCUAGGCGCACAGGUGCAGGAAGAGCAAGGUCGGAAGCGUAAGAAGGAUCAUAGGCUCAAGGAGAGGAGUGACUCAAGUGAUGAGCAGGAGUAUGAACGCCAUCACAGAUCGCAUCAUUCGCGUAACUCGGAAAGACGUCGAGCAAGCUCGUCCCGAAAGUACUGUUCUUUUCAUAAGUCGAAUACUCACGAUACUAGUGAAUGCCGAAGUAAGCACGAAGAAAGGGACCGCGAAACGAAGGAUAAGUACUCCAAGGAUAAUGGAAAGAAGACUAACUCGGAAGAAAGGAGUGACCAAGAGAACCGGUAG